UUGAAAGAGAAGAACUUAAGAUAAGAAACUUUAUCAACACUUCAAACAAGUUGUCGUAGUUUCUAGGAAUCAAAAAUUUUUUGAAGUGCUGGCAUAACUAUAGACUAAGGAGUGGCUGAUAUACUUCAAAACAUCAAAUAAUUAAUAAACUGUAAGUAUUUCUAAUGAAAUAAUGAAAAUUAAAAGUCUAUCAAACUGACUUUACGUACUUAAAUUUUUGAAACUCUUUGCUCAGAAAUUAUUGUAUACAAUAUAACAGUACCAUGGAUAAACUGUUUGGUGAUUUAAAAGGAUUUUUUAAGGUUCGUAGAGUGAAGGAUACGAAUAGAGUAAUCGUUGUUGACAACUUUAUAUUUCGACUACAUUAUCGUAUUACGAUAGUUAUUCUCAUAGCAUUUAGUAUUGCAGUUACUGGACGACAGUAUGUUGGUGAUCCGAUUGAUUGCAUUUCAAAGGAUGAUAUACCAAACGAGUUGUUGGAUACUUACUGUUGGAUAACCACAACUUUCAGUGUAGAAGAUGCUUGGAAGAAAGAAGUUGGUAAGGAGGUACCCUACCCUGGUAUACAAAAGUACACUAAAGGUGAAAAGAGGAUCUACCAUGCCUAUUACCAGUGGGUUUGUUUCGUACUCUUCUUGCAAGCAUUAUUGUUUUAUGUACCACGGUACUUAUGGAAGAAUACGGAGCACAACAAAAUUGAGAAUCUUGUUAUGGAAUUCGGAAGUCCCAUAGAAUGCGCGGAAAACAAUCCAAAAACUAAACUGCUCGUGUACUAUCUAAAAGAAAACAUGUCUUACCACACAUUCUAUGGGUCUAUGUUUGUGUUAGCUGAAUUAUUGAACUUCAUCAAUGUUUUGGGACAGAUUUACUUGAUGGAUACCUUUCUUGGUGGAGAAUUCACUACUUAUGGCACAGAAGUAUUGUCUUUUACGGAGUGGGAUUAUUCUUUGAGAUAUGACCCAAUGAUUAAGGUCUUCCCUAGAAUGACCAAGUGUACUUUCCACAGAUAUGGUUCAUCUGGUGAUGUACAGAAACACGACGCCAUGUGCCUCAUCCCUAUCAAUAUCCUCAACGAGAAGAUUUAUAUCUUCUUAUGGUUCUGGUUUAUAAUUUUGACCGUCUUGAGUGCGCUUCAGCUGGCUUACAGAACAGCCAUCAUAAUCUUGCCGAAAAUUCGUUUCUAUAUUCUCAGGGCCAAGAAUCAAAAGAUUGAUCCACAUGAAUUGGAUGUUGUCCUGCGCCGCUGCGACAGAAAUGAUUAUUUUGUACUGAAUUUGUUGAGCAAGAACAUGACGCCUUGUAACUUUAAGAUACUUAUUCAUGAACUAGCACUUACGCUAACAGAUGAGAAAAGGGUGUAACUUUUUUCAAACUUUGGCAGUAAUUUCAGUUUUUGAAACUGAAACAGCAUUUCAUUUUAUUUGAAAAAUUUAGUGGCAAAACAUGUUAAGGGCAAAAAUUAGCCAUAGGAGUAAACAUUAGAAAGAUAUUUAUAAUGUUUCUGCUAUAAAUCAUCUAGGUUAAAAAUAAUAGGAAAUAGAAUUAAUAAAUAUUCUACAUGAGAGCUAAACACAGUAUGUUAUGUAAUUUGAAAAUAUAUAUUAGAGUUCCUCAAAUUGUUCUUAAUAUAUUCAAUAUGAUUGUUUGCAAAAUUUUCAUUAACAUGUUCCAUGUAAAUGUUUAAAGAGAUUUUUUCUUAAAAUUUUCCUUAACAUGUUGAAUUUGUAUUUUUUCUAAAUUUUGCUUAACUUGUUCAACAUGAGUGGUUUCAAAAUUUUACUUAACAUGUUAUGAAAAGUUAUAAGGGUUUUAUAAGUUCACGUAACAUUAUAUGAGAGAGGGUUUUAAAAAUUUUACUUAUCAUGUUUUACCACUAAAUUUUUCUUUUGUGAAAGUUCACGUUAGUUUACAUCUUUAUAUAUCAUACCAUUUAUUAUUGAGAGAACUCGUAUGAAUUGUAGGAUAGGCGAUACGAAGAGAUUAAGUUACAGUUGGAAAAUGCAACGCAAAUACAGUUUUUUUUUGUAUAAAAUGUUUCUUUAGUUUUUUCAA